AUGUCGACCCAUCCUGAGAAGGAAGAUGCUCCGCCAGCGCUCUUGAACAGGGCCUGCUUGCAAUGCCGCUCCAAGAAGACCAAGUGCGAUAUGUCCAGACCCCGAUGUGGACUUUGCGCACGAACUGGAAGCUCGUGUGAAUUUCCUACGAAACGGAAAAGACCUUGCAUCUCGGAUGCAAAGCGACGGACACGUGCGAAGCGGGACGAACACCACUUGAUGUUGUUAGCACGUUUGCUCGAGGAACACCCUGGCGUUCUUGAGCAAGCGACCGUGACCCUGGCCGAAAAUGCAUCACCGCAGCAAGAAAGUGCCGCAUCCACGCAUUCGGUAUCAUACGGAGACCAGGAAUUUUCUUUCAACCACGAUUUCGUGGACUGUCACAUGUUUGGUGCACCCUCUGUGGCCCAUAGCGACAUCCAGCAUUCCGAAGGUCACGGAGGUGUAGCGUGCUCAACGACUAGCACGGUGGCGGAAAAAACAUGGGUCAUCUCUCAUGAAUUGGCUUCGCACUUAGUUGGGGUCUUUUUCGACAAGGUCGCGCCUUGGCUCCCUUUGCUUCACCAACCUCGCUUCCUGCAGCAUUGCGCCCGUGUAUUGGCCCCUGGGCCGGACGCGUUGGCUAAUGCCACACCCGAAGAUGUAUUCACCCUCCUAGGCAUCUUCGCCCUCGCGGCUCGGUAUUCGACCUUGGACCAUCACUGGGCAGUACCACUCCAGGAAAGAGAACAAAUCUAUCUACAGGAGGCCAGAGAGGUUUAUAAAAAGCAAGGCCCUCCGCAAGAGCCGAGUCUCCGUUAUCUGCAGGGUUGUCUCAUCCUUGCUUCCUACCUUUACACAUCCGGCCUGUCUCUCCAAGGCCGUAUCUUGGUAGGUGUCUGCAUCAACUUGGCCAUCGAACUCGAUAUAUCCCACCUGGACGCGGAGCACACCACGUCCGAUUUCCCGUUGGAUGCCACCGAUCAAGAAGAACGCCGCCGGGCCUGGUGGGUGACCUGGGAACUGGACACCUUCGGGUCCAUAAUGCUAAAACGUCCAUUCGGGAUUGAUCGACGGCACUUUUCGGUGAGGUUACCAAUCUCAAAUCAAGCCUGGUAUGCUGGGACUCAUGUCGACUCGGAAGUCAUCCUUGACAAGGAAGUUGACUGGGUAUCAUUGUGCUCUUCUCCAAACCAAUCUCCGCGAGCGUGGUUCCUCGUUGCGAACCAUCUUCUAUCCAGAAUUUAUGACCGACUUUUUUUGGCCCCGAUGCCUGCUGAUACCGAAUUCGAAUGCUAUCAGAACGAGGUUGGAUGUUUACAACUUUCUUUGCCACCCAGUUUUCAUUUGCAGUCAACAUAUCUGGAGUCCCAAAACGGCACUACAGCAAAUAAUUGGAUCAUAGGCACUCAUCUUCUGCUGGUUGUCGCUUCCUAUAUGAUCCGUGCCUUGAAAUCUUCACGCCAACAUACACACUCAGAUGUUGAUGUUGACCAUUCCAGCCCCGAGCACAUUCGUGCACUCGAAACAUCCGCCGUCUUGAGGAUGUGGCCCGCCCACUGCCUGUCAACUGCACACCCUUUUUGGGCCAGCGCACUCUGUCCGAUCUUUGCCACUCCCUACACCAACGCGGUCAGCCCGGCCACCUGUCAAUCAUUUGGGAGCUUAACCAACCUUGUGCUUCAGAAAUUCGCGGACAAUUGGGAGCUAGGCCGGAUCAUGCUAUAUAUCCAUCAAAUAGCACUGACCGCGGACCACACUCCGAAGCAGUUCCCCGAGCUUGUCAAACUUUACCCCAUGCUCCUCACGCCGUUGGUUCGCAGGAUGGGCAAGCAUCGCGAAAGUCACUCGGAUCCCAACACCGAAAUCCAGAACCGAGUUGCACCGAGCAUAAUGGACGGCGGUGGUUUUUCGCAUCUAAAAUCGACCCUCGACAUACUGCCUAUGGGUGCGGAACCAACGGAAACUACCUUGUUGUUUGAGGAUGGCCCGCUGAACUCGCAUUGGUUACAAAUGUGA